AUGGUGAGGGAAUCAUUUUACCACGACGUUCUGCUGCAGUGGAUCCCUCAGGACAGUGACGGCCUUUUGCUCAACCGCUGCGAUAAGGCAUCUCGCAUAUGCCUUUCUGCUGCAAGCAAGGCGUUAAGGUCCAGUUUCGGACAUUGGCUCGUGACGCAGUACACAGACUCCAUUUCGAGCUUGGAGGAGUGUGGAUUCCUCUGCUGCAAGCUGUUCGUCCACCAUGGGGGGCUAGACACCAAGAUUACUAUGGCCAAAGCUCUCCCCGGGUUCGGGUUCGGAGGCCUGCUCUGGCGAGAGGACCUGAGCAUGUACCCUUUGGACAUCAUCGCGGCUGCUGACAGGUAUCAGAUAAACCAUGUCUUUUACCACUUGGCCGAGCACUUCCCAUGCUUCAUGGGCUCCGUGUUUGCCGAACUGUUCAGCCGCCAGGGUGGAAAAGAUGGCCCCCUGCCAGAGAAGCCUGUGCAGGAGCUGCUUUUAAAAGCCAUGGCGACAUUGGAAACCGUGCUUACUAAAUGGCAGACAGAUGUUGGAAGGGAUUACUACUGGAGGCUUCGAAGAGUAAAUGAGCUCGUGGCCAACAUGAUUUGUUCUAUCCCGCCCGCGGAGGCGCUGAGAUGUGGAAUCGCGUCUUGGUUUGUGAAGCUGACGAAACGGAACAUCCUGGAUUCGACCACUUCGUCCACAGCAACAUUCCUGAAGAUACUGAGAGAUAGAGACAACCCUGACGCGCUGUUUGUUGAGUUUAUGAACAUUUUGUGUGCAACAAGCCAUUGUGGCCAUGCCCCAGAAGCAGUGGUGGUGAUGUUUGAGGCAUGCCUGCAAGUCUUGGAAGAUGAUACAAAUCUUGGCUCUUCGACUGACUGUGGUGUGCAAUUGUGUCAGGCGCUUUCGAUCCUGGCAAAAGUGAAAUCCCUUUGGGGGGGGCCGGACUCCCAGAAAAUCAGAGAAUUUCAUUUGAAGCAGAUCUUGGACAAGGCCUUUGAGCGUCACAAGGCCUUGUUUACAGACGGUGAUUCCUCAGUUGCGGAUGUCCUCGAGCAGAUCUGCGAUGGGCGACACCUCCAGUUCUAUCCUCAGAGCUUCACGCACGAGGAGCAGCGGUUGAUCAGUCAGCUGGAGACCAGGCUCUUCGAUGCGGGGGCUGCCAAGCUAGGUCGUGCCAACCCUGCUGCCAACUACGCAACUCUUUCAGAUGCAGAUAUUGAAGAGAUCCAGUCUGUAUGCAGUGCCAACCCAUUUUUGAAGGAGAUCUUGGAAGAGUUUGUGGAUGACCUUCUUGAGCUUCGGCAAGAAGCCCCAUGA